AUGAAACCUGGCGAAAUCAACACGUGGGUCGCCGGGGGGGGAAACGAGCCACUGUUGACAGUUUUGGACGUUUUUGCUCACAACUUCUGACUGCAACUGGGGGGAAUAACCUGGAUGUGACGUUUCGGAGUACACUGAAGCUUGCGCAUUUCUUUGGAGCGAAAGAAAGUGCUCAAUUCGGUUCGUCUCUGUGCAGCCGAUUAUCCAUGUCAGGGAAAAAGGCAUCGGCCGAUGUGGCCCGAAAGCGCAGAACCGAGUCCGCGACGGCGAGUGGCCGGAAAGAGCCGAAGCUGCCGAGAAAAGAAGGCUGGCUCGUGGCGGAGGUUGCCGCGCUGCGGCGGGCGGCCAGCGGCGCCGAGGUCAAUACGCAGCGGCUCCGCUUCUUGUCCCAAACUGAGAAGGUGAAGCAGGGAUCGCAGGGAGUGCUGUACUGGAUGUGUCGUGACCAGAGGGUGCAAGAUAACUGGGCACUUCUCUACGCCCAGCAGCUGGCCUUGGCUGAGCAGCUCCCCUUGCAUGUGUGCUUCUGCCUGAUGCCACGCUUUCUGGAUGCCACCAUCCGUCAGUUUGGCUUCAUGCUGGAAGGCCUGAGAGAGGUCGCUGAGGAGUGUAGUACCCUGGAGAUACAGUUUCACCUGCUGCUGGGCACCGCCGGGGAGGUUCUGCCAGGUUUCAUGGAGGACUGGGCCCUGGGCGCUGUGGUGACGGACUUCUUCCCUUUGCGGUCUCCUCUGCAGUGGGUAGAGGACGUGAAGAAGGGCCUCCCUUUGGAUGUCCCCUUUAUACAGGUGGACGCCCACAAUGUGGUGCCCUGCUGGUUGGCUUCGGACAAGCAGGAGUACUCAGCCAGGACGCUGCGGGGGAAAAUCACCAAGCUACUGCCCAAAUUCCUCACAGAGUUCCCCCCGGUGGAGAAACACCCACACUGCGCCCACAGGCCUGUGGCGCCAGUGGACUGGGACAAGGCCCGGUCCUUUGUGAAGGUGGACCUGAGCGUGGGGGAGGUGCACUGGGCCCGGGCCGGGACGGCGGCCGGCAUGGUCGUGUUGGAGUCCUUCAUCGAGCGACGUCUCCACAGCUAUGCGACGCGCAGGAACGACCCAAACUGCGCGGCCCUCAGUCAGCUGUCGCCUUGGCUGCAUGCCGGCCAGGUCUCAGCCCAGCGGGCUGUGCUGCAGGUGAGGCGAGGGGGGCCGCGUGGGAACCCCUCAGUGGACGCCUUCAUGGAGGAGGCUGUGGUGCGUCGCGAGCUGGCCGACAACUUCUGCUACUACAACAGAAACUACGACUGCGUGGAGGGUGCGUACGAAUGGGCGCGGGUGACUUUGCAGGACCAUGCCAAAGACCACCGCCCUUACCUCUACUCCCGUCAGGAGUUGGAGGGGGCCAGGACGGGUGACAAGCUCUGGAAUGCUGCCCAGAACCAGUUGGUAUUGGAAGGGAAAAUGCACGGCUUCCUACGGAUGUACUGGGCCAAGAAGAUUCUGGAGUGGACCUCGUCCCCAGAAGAGGCACUGUCCAUCUCCCUGUAUCUCAAUGACCGCUACAGUCUAGAUGGAAACGAUCCCAACGGAUAUGUCGGUUGCAUGUGGUCCAUUUGCGGUAUCCAUGACCAGGGUUGGAAGGAGAGGCCCAUCUUCGGGAAGAUCCGCUACAUGAACUAUAGUGGGUGCAAGCGCAAGUUCGACGUAUCUGCAUUUGAGAAGCAGUAUGGUCCAAAACAGCUGAAAAUCUCCUAAGCUGGGGUGUGUGUUGGAUCCCAGUCCAGGGGGACCUUGUCGUCAUAGCAGGGCCUGGAGUAAUAAGACCUCACGUUCUCCAGUAUCUUGUUAUUUUGUCUGUGCGAUUUUCUCGUAGUUUGUUGGGUACUAACAAAAUAGCUACCAGCGCAUACUAAGAGGCACUAGACUGCUAAAGUCAUUUUCCGCCUGUGUGUGUGAUUUUGAAUAAUGGGAAAUUAACACGAAAUUAAAACGAUGGCGAUCUGCUGUAAAGACGGACACAGUUUGCCUGGGUGAACAUGGUCCUAGAGUGGAAAAUGUAACAUGCGCAGAACCGCCGAGAAAAAUGGUGUUUUACUUUUUCAGUUUUGAAAGUAGAUAGAUGACUAGAUGUGUGUUGUUACCAAAGCAUGAAACUAAGCCGACACAGUAUAUUGUACAUUUAAUAAAGCUGAAAUAAGUACUUUUAA